AUGGCAAAAAGAGUCUGUAUAAUCGGCGCCGGCCCCUCCGGCCUCGUCGCCGCCAAAUCCCUAACCGACAACCUUUCAAACAGUCUCAAAUUCAAAAUCACGAUCUUCGACUCCAAACCGCGCAUCGGUGGGCUCUGGCCAAUCAGCACUCAUGAUGAAGGUCUGGUCAACCCAGAUAUGUGUACGAACCAGAGUCGGCAUACCGUCUCGUUCAGUGAUCUCGCGUGGGGUGCUGAGGAGCCGAAAUUCCCCAAGGCGUGGAUGGUGGGGAGGUAUUUGGAGAGGUAUUUGGGGAGGUAUGGUGCGGGGUGGGAUGUUAGGUUGGGGUGGAAGGUGAAGAAGGUGGAGAGGGUGAAUGAGGGAGAUGGAGAGGGUUGGAAGGUGUGGGUGAGGAAGACUACUGGAGAGGAAGAGGGGAGUGCAUCUGAAGAGGUGCUUGAUUUCGACUAUGUGGUCAUCGCGACGGGGUUCUUUGGAAAGGCAAAAAUGCCGAAAGGGUUGGAAAAUGCGUCUGUACCUGUUGCGCAUAGUUCUCAAAUCAGGGAGAUCAAGAGCUUGAUUUCAGGGAGGGAUGGCAAGGCGGUUGGGAAGGGGAGGAAGAUUGUUGUUGUCGGGGGACAGAUGUCAGGUGUUGAGACGGCGGCGGCGAUUGCGAUGCAGAUCUCUUCUGCUGGUAAUACGCCUGGAGAUGAGACGAUUGAGGAUGCGAAGAGCCAUGUUGUCACCAAUCUGGUGCAGAAGCCGGUCUGGGUGAUGCCGCUUGUCUUUCCUGUGGAUCCAGUUGUUGAGAGGGAUGGUGUGAAGAUCAAAAACCGCUCUCCAAACUUCCUCCCACUGGAUCUAGUGAGCUACAACAUCGGAUGGCGACCAGAAGGAACUAUACAGAAUACCUCUGGACACAUCACGACUGAGGCAGCAGCACUGACGCACGGUUUCAUGGAAACAUAUAUCGGCAGCAACCAGACCGAACAUGGGCCUGCGCUGGCCAUUACAGAAGAUAUGAAGACCGAACCACCUUUGCUGGCUUGCAGCGAUCAGUACAUAGAGUUUGUGCGCCAGAAGAAGAUCGAUGUAGUAACGGGACAUAUGGUUGAAGCAGCUGGAGAUUCUAUAACGAUUUCCAACGGCUCGGGAGAUAUCGAGACCAUCACUGACGUCGCAGCAAUAGUCUGCGCAACCGGCUUUGACGCCUCACCAUCCAUCGAUUUCCUGUCUGCUGAGGUCCUUGAGACUGUGAAGUUUGACGCUACAGAGGACGGAUUCCCCCUUGCUUUGAACGUGCACUCCACCAUCAGUAGAGAGAUUCCAUCACUUGGCUUCGUUGGCUUCUACAGGAGUCCAUAUUGGGGCGUUAUGGAGAUGCAAGCUAGAUUUCUAGCCAAGUUAUGGGGUGGUGAUGAGAAGGCUAAGAAAGCAGUGGAUGAAGAUACGACUAUGCAAACGAUGAUGAAGUUGAGGAAGGAUCCGAGGAGAGCACAGUUCCCGAUGGGAGACUAUACGUAUCUGAUGGAGUCGUUUGCUGACAUUCUAGACAUUCAACGCGAGGAGCCCUCCUCUUCCACUCCAGGGGCAAGAACUGGUAUCAUCACUCCAUACCGAUACGCCUACCCCGACGUGUCUCCAGCACAGAACACAGAAAUCAAAUUCGCUCUCGGAGAACAUUUUUCAACCUUCUACGCCUCGUCACAGAAAGCGAGAUUCGUUCCUCGCGCUGUGUUCCGUAGCUUACAAGGAAUCUGGACGUUAAAUCGUACCAUCACAUCACGAAUCGCCACAUUCCCUUCUGGCACACUAACCGGUACCGCGACUCUCUUCCCUCGAAAUCCCACGGACGCUCCUACGAAGCCAAAAUCGACACCAACUUCAAAUCCCCAACCGCCCUCCAUCAAUAACUCCGGCUCCGGCUCCGGACCCACCUGCCUCAACCCCACAAACCCCAACCCUGCUGCCGCCACCCUCGAAUACCUUUAUUUCGAAGAAGGACAAUUCCUCACCUCCUUCGGCGCCACCAUGAGCGCAAAGCGCAGCUACGUGUAUCGCUACUUCGAAGAAACAGAUUGCAUUGAUCUCUGGUUCGCGAAACAGGAUUAUCUUACUGCGGAUUACUUCUUUCACAGAGUAGAGUUCAUUGUGCCGGAUCAGGGAGAGGAGAGCAAGAGUCGGACGGUUCGGGAGGGAUGGAAGGCUGUGAGCAGUCAUUUAUGUAUCGAGGACAUGUAUGACGUCUCUUACGAAUUUAGCUUCAACGGCGCUACGCUCGAGACUUGGACUUCCGAAUACACCGUCAAAGGUCCACAGAAAGAUUACACGAUUCGGAACGUAUUUACGCGACCUACGACGUCAUGA